AUGGAGGAGCAGAGUCAUCUGAUGCAGACCCUGGGCGGCGUGACCCUCGCCGGACACCUGGUGGCUUUACCGGUGCCUCAUGACGGAUCCGACGCGAGAAACAAGCAGGACAUCGGAGACAUUCUGCAUCAGAUCAUGACCAUCACCGACCAGAGCCUGGACGAGGCUCAGGCAAAAAAGCAUGGGCUGAGCUGUCACAGAAUGAAACCGGCUCUGUUCAGCGUGCUCUGUGAAAUCAAAGAGAAAACAGGUCUCAGUAUCCGAGGCAGUCAGGAUGAAGAUCCUUCGGAUCCUCAGCUCAUGCGUCUGGAUAACAUGCUGCUGGCAGAGGGUGUGUCCGGACCGGAGAAAGGGGGCGGGGCAGCAGCGGUUGCUGCGGCAACAGCAGCAGUGGGAGUGGGAGCUGAUAACGCCAUUGAGCACUCGGACUACAGAGCCAAACUCAGCCAGAUCAGACAGAUCUACCACACCGAGCUGGAGAAAUACGAGCAGGCGUGCAAUGAGUUCACUACCCAUGUGAUGAACCUGUUGAGGGAACAGUCUCGCACGCGGCCCAUCUCACCCAAAGAGAUCGAGCGCAUGGUCAACAUCAUCCACCGCAAAUUCAGCUCCAUCCAGAUGCAGCUCAAGCAGAGCACCUGCGAGGCCGUCAUGAUCCUCAGGUCCCGCUUCCUCGACGCCAGGAGGAAAAGGCGCAACUUCAGCAAGCAGGCGACAGAGAUUCUGAACGAGUAUUUCUACUCUCACCUCAGUAACCCGUAUCCCAGCGAGGAGGCCAAAGAGGAGCUGGCCAAGAAGUGUGCCAUCACUGUGUCACAGGGGAAGGGAAGCACCAUCACUGUGUCACAGGUUUCGAACUGGUUUGGUAAUAAACGUAUUCGCUAUAAGAAGAACAUCGGUAAAUUCCAGGAAGAGGCGAAUCUGUACGCAGCGAAGACGGCAGUGACGGCGACUCAGGCCGUGGCGGCCGCUGUACAGAACAGCCAGACCAACUCGCCCGCAACGCCCAGCUCUGGCUUUCAGAUGAAAGAUGAAGACUUUCAGUUGGAUGUGGCAGAAGAUAAAAAUAAUCUGUUAAACAACAUGUUCACUGGUUCUUCAGGUUCGUAUAGUUUGCCGGGUUCAGGAGACAUGUUUAUGAGCAUGUCUGGUCUGAACGGAUCCUACCAGCCGGCCCACGUCCCCAACACAGGACAGACACAGGGAGACUCCAUACGUCACGCCAUCGGUCAGUCGUUGGGUUACAGCGACGGUCUGCGGGGAAACCCGCUUUACAGCCCGCAUGGCUUGAACGGUAAUGGUGGCUGGCACGAUGCUGUCACUCCAUCUUCUGUGACGUCUCCUAUAGAGGGAGCAAACAGCGUUCACUCGGAUACCUCUAACUGAACUUUAACUAACCCACAGGACAACCUACAGCACCCAACAAAAUCUCAGACAAGAACUCAGAGAGAUGAGCGCGACAAUGAAACGGACUCAAAACCGCUUACUUUGACCAAAACAGCACCACGUUGCAAAAAUCAACCCGAGAGGAUUGACGGUACCAGCUUUCUUUCCAAAACUGGUGAUACCUCAAUAAGCAUGUCCAACAUGUACGAUUGUUGAAACAAGGGAUGCUUUUGUCAUAAUGUCUCUGUGAAAAUCUUGGAAUAGGUUUUAAAAUAUAUCAUGAUUUAAAUUUACUUGUAACACUGUCUUAUUGCACAGUACAGUAUGUUCAUUCUUAAAGCCGAUUUUUCUCGUACA